GUACCUGUAUCAAGAUGCUCUAAAGGACAGCAGCUAUGCUUAGAAAUGUCUGAUACUACAAAAUGAUGAAAACUAAUUCUAGCAUCUUCCAUCUUACCAUCAUCUUCAUGUUACUACUUGAGAUAAGAACCCAAUUGACUGAUGAAAGUGAAUUUUUAGUUGACAGAUCAGAAUCAAGUCUCUUUCAUGUUCCCAAAGACCUAUCCCUGAAAACAACAAUCUUAAAUAUAUCACAAAACUAUAUAUCUGAGCUUCAGACUUCUGACAUCGAAUCAUUAUCAAAGCUGAGGAUUUUGAUAAUGUCUCAUAACAGAAUUCAAUAUCUUGAUAUUAGUGUUUUCAAAUUCAACCAGGAAUUGGAAUAUUUGGAUUUGUCCCACAAUGAAUUAGGGAAGAUUUCUUGCCAUUCUACUGUGAACCUCAAGCAUUUAGACCUCUCAUUUAAUGCAUUUGUUGGCCUGCCCAUAUGCAAAGAGUUUGGCAACAUGUCUCAGCUAGAAUUUCUGGGGUUGAGUGCCACACGUUUACGAAAAUCUAGUGUGCUACCAAUUGCUUCUUUGCAUAUAAAUAAAGUUUUACUGGUCUUAGGAGACACUUAUGGGGAAAAAGAAGACCCAGAGAGCCUUCAAAACUUUAACACAGAAAGUCUACAUGUUGUUUUCCCUCCAAGAAAAGAAUUCAGUUUUGUUUUGGAUGUAUCAGUCAGCACUGCAGUAAGUCUGGAACUUUCCAAUAUCAAAUGUGUGCUAGAUGAUAAUGGAUGUUCUUAUUUCCAAAAUUUUCUGUUAAAACUUCAGAAUAAUUCAAGGAUAUCAAGUCUUACUUUAAACAACAUUGAAACUACUUGGAAUUUUUUCAUUAUGAUCCUCCAGUUAGUUUGGCAUACAAGCAUAGAGUAUUUCUCAAUUUCAAAUGUAAAACUACAAGGUCACCUUGACUUAAGAGAUUUUGAUUAUUCUAACACUUCAAUGAAGGCCUUAUCUAUACACCAAGUUGUCACUGAUGUGUUCAGCUUUCCACAACAUUAUAUUUAUGAAAUAUUAUCAAAUAUGAACAUACAAAAUUUCACAGUGUCUGGUACACACAUGGUCCACAUGGUUUGCCCAUCCCAAAUCAGCACAUUUCUAUAUUUGGAUUUUUCUAAUAAUCUCUUAACAGACAUGGUUUUUAAAAAUUGUGAAAAGUUGGCUAAAUUGGAGACAUUUAGUUUAAAAAUGAAUCAAUUAAAAGAACUUGCAAAUAUAGUUUAUAUGACCAAGGAGAUGAAGUCUCUUCAACAAUUGGAUGUUAGCCAGAAUUUGCUAAGGUAUGAUGAAAUUGAUAGAAAAUGCUCUUGGACUACAAGUUUAUUAAGUUUAAAUAUGUCUUCAAAUAUGCUUACUGACUCUGUUUUCACAUGUUUACCUCCUAAAGUCAGGGUACUUGAUCUUCACAAUAACAGAAUAAGGAGCAUCCCUAAACCAAUCAUGAAACUAGAAGCUUUGCAAGAACUCAAUGUUGCUUCCAAUUCUUUAGCCCACCUUCCUGACUGUGGUGCUUUUCGCAGC